AUGGCCGACUCAAUGAAGGAAUUGCUGGGAGCAAGAUGGAUAGGUGAAGGAGAUGGGAAGGAAAAGAAGGCAAAAGGGAAGGACACGGCAAAUGAUCCAAUGCGGCCGGCCAUCGAACCCAACAACUCGCAGAAAGGGCCAACGGACAUAAUGAGGGUAUUGGAGAAGGCAUGGGGGGCAGAUGAAGCCGGAGAUCAAGCAAAGGCAACAAUGUUUUUUGAAAUAGUUGCAGCGCUAGGCAAAGUACAGGAGAACAAAGCGGCUACCUCAUCCCCACACCCAGUCCAAGAAAACCAGCAUGCCGGACCCCAAGCAGUUUCCAGAAUCGGAGGCCGGGAAGACGGCAGGAACAGACCAAUGUUUUCAAUCCCCAUCUAG